UUGCAGAGUCGACGAUUGACAAAAUUUUCAGGGUCGUGCGUUGAAGUUUUGUACAGAAAUGAGCGGCGUUUUGGGGUUGUGAAGUGGAUUGAUGAUGGCGAUAACGAAGUGCGGCAGAAUAAUCGAAUAGUUGCCGUCGAAAUUGAAGGAGAUAUGCCAUACGAAUGGCGAACGAUGGAUCUGAUGCAGCUAAAAGAGGCCCAGAAUGCCGGCGUUUUUGUCAAUGCUGGUCUCGAUUCGAUCGCACUUGUUCCCUACUGUUCACUUCGACCAGAUGAUCGCUUUGCAACAUCCGACAUGCCAGAAAUACUCGAAAAUUGUGAUGCCGAAAGAGUAUCGUCAUCGAAUUUCGGGAGCUUGGAUAGUGGCGUGGAAGUACGACCGUGUAUGCCAACCAAAAAUAUCGAAAAUUUGAUCGGACGAAUGAAGGGGAUUCAGGCAUUUUGGCAAGCAGAUGUGCAACAGCGGCAGACUCAAUUCAUACGGAAGUUUCAUUUCGUUCGUGCCGAUCAUGUUUUUAAUCUAAGGCGACUGCUCGAACGAUUUCUACCCGAAAUGAGUGGAUUAACAACGGGCGAGAAAGAUCCAGAAGAGCUGUUGAAUGCUCUUUUUAAUACAGUUCUACGAGUUGAACCGUUUUUUGUCAUGAAGAAUACGACAGAUGGUAAAACGAGUCCAUCGUUUAUUUGUCCAUUAAUUACGGAGGAUUUAUGGAGCGAUGACCAGCGCCGACUGAUCAGCGUACAGGCACUUCUAGAACGAUCGCUUUUCGCCUCGAAUAUCCAGUUUGCUUCUGUAAGUCUUUUUUUUGUCUUCGAUGGGUCUAUGGUUUUUUCGGGUUUUUUUUUGGAAAAUAAAAAGUGAUA